AUGAUAGUGUUGUUUUUGGUAUUGCUGCUGCCAUUUGUGAAGCCAAUGCCAUGCAACACGGAAGGAGAAUGGGGCCCGUGGAGCGAAUGGACCACAUGUCCACAAGGAUCAAGUGCAAUGAUGAAUUUUAGAACAAGAAUACGAACAUGUGAACCUCGGCCAACGGGUUGCGUUGUUGAAGGACUGUAUUCAUGUCGUGGGACGUACUCAGAGGUGACUGAUUGUGACCUAAAACCACCUGUUGCUCCCUUUCCGUUAACGAUAACUUCUGAUAUUACUGAUCAUACUGAAGAAUCUCCUGCAGUAGAUGCAGAUGGAACAACAGAAAUUCCUCAUAGCUCCGUGAUGGCAACGGGUUACGUAACGACUGCGGCUGCGCAGCAAGAGUCCACAGUACGGAUUUCAACAGCUCCAACAGAUCCGAUGAAUGAGGACACUACUAGAACAGCUGAAACAGAGAUGAGAACGAAAAGCACGCUUGUUAUGAACGAGGACACUACUGAAACGGCUGAAACGGAUCCGAGAACGAAAACCACUUUUGAACCGAUUGAAACAAGCGCUGCUUCCGAGUUUUCAACUACGCGCCUGCCUGAACCUGAACCUGACAGUUCCGAAACAACCGUAAUCGAUUCCGAUUCCCUUGGAACAACAGAGCCAAUGGAGAUCACGUCAGUGGAAAUGCCGACAAUUUGCGACGAUUGUCCUGAAUUGAACGUUCGACUGUUCGGUGACAAACCAUACGAGGAUGGAGCUUCUGUUCUAAAUCGUUAUUCUGAAGAAGGUUGCAAAUUCGUGCAAUUCUUCUGUCGUCCAUUCGAGCAGAUCGACGAACGACCCGUGCAAACAGUGUUCAAUAACAAUCUAACUUUUACUGAUCUACCUCUCAAUGUGCAAAUAAGUUGCAAAAAUGGACGCUGGUAUGAUGAGCUACUGAACAUAGCCGUUGAAUCAUUAUCCUGCAUCUACAAACCUUUAGAUUUAAAUCGUUCCUGUGUGAAAUGCAAGCGCGAACUGUGCGCAACACCUAUGAAAGGGCAAGAGGGAUCUACGUAUAUGGACUUUCACAUAGAUCAAUGCCUUUCCGUUGAUGUUUUCUGUCAACCUAUAAAGGGUAAUCUCUACGUAGACCUUCUCGAAGACUACAAAUCCGUGGAAAUCACCGGAACGACAGUGAACCGCACUUUCACAUGCACUGAUAACAUGGAAUGGAUGGACACCAUAUCUCAGCAAAUCGUUGGGAACGUGACCUGUCUGAUGAGAGAUGGAACACCGUCGACUCCUGCUGCAGUGUUGUCUAGUAUGGUGGGAGAAACCAGCGACAUGCCCUUAUUCACGACUUCUGAAACAUUCUCCACUACAAUGAACGACGGGACAACAACAGAUUUCAGUGACGAGCAAACAACUAAUCCCAUUGAAACAACUGAACCGUUUUCUACAGAAGAAGUAACAACUACAGAAUCUGAGAUAGAAUCAAGCGAAUUUACGAGCACGGACAGUAGGGUUACUUCACCUAUCCCUGGAGAGGAAACGACAGACCUGAUAGAAACAAGCGAACAGUUUUCUACGGCGGAAUUAACAACUUCAGAGUCUGUGAUGGAAUCUAGCGAACUGAUGAGCACGGAAAGCAGAGCAACAUCACCUAUUCCUUAUGAGCAAACGACAAAUGUGAUAGAAACAACCGAACCGUUUUCUACAGCGGAAGUAACCACUACAGAAUCUGUGAUGGAAUCUAGCGAAUUUACGAGCACGGACAGUAGGGUUACGUCACUUAUCCCCGGCGAGCAAACGACAGACCUGAUAGAAACAACCGAACAGUUUUCUACGGCGGAAUUAACAACUUCAGAAUCUGUGAUGGAAUCUAGCGAACUGAUGAGCACGGAAAGCAGAGCAACAUCACCUAUUCCUUAUGAGCAAACGACAAAUGUGAUAGAAAUAACCGAACCGUUAUCUACAGCGGAAGUAAUCACUACAGAAUCUGUGAUGGAAUCUAGCGAAUUUACGAGCACGGACAGUAGGGUUACGUCACUUAUCUCCGGCGAGCAAACGACAGACCUGAUAGAAACAACCGAACAGUUUUCUACGGCGGAAUUAACAACUUCAGAAUCUGUGAUGGAAUCUAGCGAACUGAUGAGCACGGAAAGCAGAGCAACAUCACCUAUUCCUUAUGAGCAAACGACAAAUGUGAUAGAAACAACCGAACCGGUAUCUACAGCGGAAGUAACCACUACAGAAUCUGCUAUAGAAUCAAGCGAAUUGACGAGCACGGACAGUAAGGUUACGGUUACGGUUACCAUUGGCGAGCAAACAACCAAUCCGAUAGAAACAACCGAAAAGUUUUCUACAGUGGAAGUAACGACUACAGAAUCCGCAAUGGAAUCUAGUGAACUGAUGAGCACGGACAUCAGAACAACAACACCCAUCCCUUACGAGCGAACAACCAAUCCGAUAGAAACAACUGAAUCGUUUUCUACAGCAGAAGUAACAACUACAGAAGUUGUAAUGGAAUCUAGUGAACUGACGAGCAUGGACAUCAGAACAGCAACACCUAUCCCUUACGAGCAAACGACAAUCCAGCCAAUGUCAGAAACUCCAACAGUCUUCGGAUCUACUUCGCCAGCGACAAUUAUAGGGGAAACUACACCGCAUGUUAUGUCAAGUCAGGCUGAAACUACCACAAUGAGCGAAAUUACUAUGAUUACCGGAGCUCCCUUGGGAACUACAGAAGAAAUGACUCAACCACAAUCGUCCAUCGCAACCAUGGAUUGGACAUCCAUUAAGAACAGUUGGUCAACUGGUGAUUCCACAACUGUUACAGAAGGUGCUGCGUUAACGAGCACAUCUUUCGUUGAUACAAAUGGACCUAUGACGAUGGAAACUACUGCAUUUCCGACAUUUAGGACUGAACAAACUGUGGGGACAGAGAAGUUAACGACUAUGACAGAGGAAGCUACAACAGAAACUUCAGAAAUGUCCAUUUCGGAGAAGACCACACAUGGCAGACCAACAGUAAUAAUGACAACAACCGAAAGUAUCACUGUCGAAGUUUCUUCCCUACUUCCAGAUUUCGGUAAAUUCCAUACUUAUCACUCAUUCCCAAACACUGUGCUUUCCAUGAAAGGUGAUUGCGGAAUGUGUAGGAACAUGCAGGUUCAUGAUAUGGGACGAACGGACGCCUAUAACGGUAUGAUGGUGCUUGAUCAUACUAUUGAUCGUAACGGUUGUAAAUUUGUGGAUGUAAGCUGCGUACCAACAAAGGCAACCGAAAACGCUACACUCUACAUAAACGGAGUAGAUGUUCUGGCAACUGGUCAAGGAUCUCAUCGCGUCAAGUUGUCAUGCAACAAAAACAAAAUGUGGAUAACAAGCGAUGGCCAAGUUACGGAUAACGUCUCAUGUUUAGUUGCAAAGCAGCCAGCAAAUCCGCAAACGCUUCCUCCGGAUCUAUCAUCCACCACAACAGCCACGACAACCACAACACCGCCGCCACGUGACAGAGAACCGUGCAUGUCUUGCGCACGUCUUACCGUGGAACCGCUCGCUGCUAUCUAUGACAACGGGUUCACAACUCUUCUCACAUCAACCGAUGGGAGGUGCAUGACUAUUGAGUUGACAUGUGAGGGAAAUAAGGUUGAUGAUGAGCUUGUUCUGGUGAUCAGCGGGACGGUUUUCGAGGAAGGCGUGGGCUCGUUGAAAAUGAAUCUCACAUGUAACGAUAUGAUGACAUGGGUGACUUCAAGUGGAUACGUCGUUCCACUUAUAUCUUGCGGAAUUCGACAAGCUGAUCUACCCUUGCCUACCACGGUCAGCGCCAGUUCGAGCACUUCCACAAUCGCAACCACCACCACCACCCCGACACCUACCACAACAACAACAAUGACCGUAUCAACAGCUGCGAAAUCCAAAUGUGAUCAAUGUCCGAACAUGCAACCAAUACCAGCCAGUUCAAUGAAUCCUACUGAAACGAAUGGAAUGCUAACAUUAGACCAUUUUUCUGAUUUCAACGGUUGUAGAGUUGUGGUGAUACGAUGCUCGGUUGCUCCUCGAUCUGAAAAUGCUACGAUUAUUUUCAACGACGGUAUUGACUCGCUGUCGUCUUCAAGCAGAAUUACCACAUCCUUAACAUGUAAUGAAGAAGGGAAAUGGAUUAGAAUGAACCAGGAGAUUACUUCUGCAGCAUGCCGUGUUUCAUUGAAACAAAACGAUGCAACCGAAUCUCCGACCACCACUUCAAUACUUCCAACAACAACGACAGCACCUGGAUCUGUACCAUGCUCUAACUGUAAUCGACAGUUAGUCACAAGUGUUCCUGCUGGAUAUUCCAGUGGAUUCUUAACAAUGGAUACCUCAUUCAUCGAUGGAUGCCUCAAUGUCGCUCUUUCCUGCUCAGCACCAGAUAAGUCAUCGGAUGUGGCUUUGGUUAACAACGUGGGCGAUCGUCUUGUAAAAGAGAGUACAACUGUGAACCUCACUCUAUCAUGUAACGAUCAAUCCUAUUGGGUCACACCUUCAGGUACAGUAGUGGACAACCUCAGCUGUGCCGUUAUCGAAAAACCCACAUUACCGCCCGUGGUCAGAACAACAACAACAACAACAACAACACCUGUUGAAGCGGCACAUCAUGGAGAACUGGCGAUGUUGAGAUCUUUCUAUCAAAAGAUAGGCAAAAAAAAGUCCAAAAUUGUUGCGCAUACGUUGAGUUCAUUGCUAGUACAUCUCAGAGCACAACCAUCUCCUGCGCAUCUUCGAGUUGGGCGGAAUGGAGGGAAUGGUCCAAUUGCACUGAUACAUGCGGUUCAUGUGGCACUAUGCAGCGAUUUAGGGCUUGCAACAAGGCUAGACCGGACUGUAUUUGUGAGGGGACUGGAUUCGAGAAAGUGGUCUGUAAUCGAGAAGUGUGCCGAUAUCCACGUGACGCCGCGUGUUGUGACGGAUUCGCACCAACAUCAUAUAACGGGAGAUUUUUCUGCAUGA